AUGCCCUUCACCACCUGUUUGGCUCUGUCCUUUCUUUGCCUCCUUGGGCCGGCGUUGACACUUGGAGAAGAGUGCGAGAAGAGGGAUGACGAUACCCUGGCAAUGAUUCAAAGGCACAAGGAUCACAGUGCUCGUGACAUUGGACGUCUUAAAAGUUGCCCUUGCUCCGGGGGUCCCUGCUUUGACUCGGCACCGUGGCAUCAGUUGCCUGGGGUGCGAAGCAUGAACCAAGUCCAGGACCACCGAUUGAGAUCUCCGGCUGCUCAACAUGACCCCUUGUGGAUCUCCGACCAACCUGACUUGGGCUUCCAUGGUGGGAUGAUGGGAAGUGCCAAAGUCCCAGGUUGGACAGCUUUAAACUCGACUCCUCACAUGUACAUGGAGCUUCAUGAAGGGGACAACUGGCAAAUUGCCCAGGCCAUGAACUUUGCCACUCAACACAAUUUGAAGCUGUUGAUCAAAAAUACAGGCCACGAUUGGUUUGGCCGCUCGAUGUCGAGGGGCUUCAUGCUAUGGACUCACAACAUUCAAGGCUCUCAAUGGCAUGAUGCUUUCCGGCCGGCGAACUGUGGCCACAGCGAGCCAGCGGUGAGCUUUGCCGCCGGGGUGCAGUUUUGGCAGGUCUUUCAAGAGAUGAAAGAGCACAAACGGCUGGUUGUGACUGGGACCUGUGCAACGGUCGGCCAUGUGGGCUUUACUUUGGGUGGUGGUUACGGGGACUAUAGCCACUUCUAUGGCUCAGGAGCGUCCAACCUACUUGAGGCGGAGGUGAUUUUGCCCUCAGGCCAGCAAGUCACUGCCAGUGAAUGCAAUGAAUACUCUGAUCUCUUCAAAGCCUUGCGUGGUGGGGGCCCAGGCUUUGGGCUAGUCACCAAGUUUACCUACCGGACCUAUCCUGAGCCGGCAGUCUCUGGGAUGAUUAUGGGUACCGUUUCAGGUGAUAUGGUGCACAACUUGGCGGAGUUCUUUGCCUGGUACAAGGCCCUGAAUGAGCAGAAGAAGGUGAAACAUAUUGGAGGCAUUUUGCAGCUGCAACCUGGGCAUGUGAUCUUCGUAAACUUGCGCUUCGUCAACCUGCCGGCCGAGGACUGUCAAGCACUUCUUCAGCAAUCUUCCUUUUUCAAUGGAUUGACCUGUCAACAGGCAGCAGUCUUCAAUGACUUCAGCGACUACAAGUCCAGUGAGAAUGGUUCUAAGGGCUUGCAACCCGAUUGGCUCAAGAGCAUGGCAUCUUCCCACGUGGGCUCACACGUUAUGCGCUUGCAACAGUGA